UCUGGAAAACACUAUCAUGUUUUUGAAGCUGACCCCACACGCCUCUUCUAAUAUGUAUGUAUGUAAAUUCAGCCAUUUUUGAGAAAUCUGAGACAAACCGAAAUCAAAUGACAUUUUCCUCUUGUCUAUAGAACAGAAAAAGUAUUUCAUAAUUCGUGCCCUUAAUGGAGAAUAUGCUGAUCUUGAGCUGAGGUUUAAUUUUAAUGGCUGUAAUUUAGUUUCAUCUAUUUCAAUAAAUUCGAGAAAUCUUGAUUAGCUGGACAGGCGGUAAAUUUCUAUAUUUGAUCACACAAUGGGAUUUCGAAUCUCAUUGUUCAUAUUACUACUAGUCUUUUCCCCAUCAAUUUUGGCACAAAACUCAGACGAUGCAAGACUUGUUAUCCAUACAAACACGACUAUUGCUGAAACAGAUGAUAAUUAUGUAUGUGCUACUAUUGAUUGGUGGCCUCAUGAUAAGUGUAACUAUAACCAGUGCCCGUGGGAAUUUUCGUCUGUAAUAAAUCUUGAUUUGUCCAACCCUUUUCUUGCCAAUGCCGUUCAAGCUUUCAAGAAUUUCAGAUUAAGGCUUGGUGGUUCUUUGCAAGACCAAGUACUUUAUGAAGUGGGAAAUUUAAAGUCUCCUUGCAAACAAUUUGAGAAGGAUAAAUCUGGGUUAUUUGGAUUUUCAAGGGGAUGCUUACAUAUGAAAAGAUGGGAUGAGCUGAAUAACUUUUUCAAGACGACUGGGUGGAUUCACCGCAGUUCAUCGGGAAAUAGUCAUCCCUUCCUUGGGUUUAUGCUAUUGAUAACUAGUAUGGGACAAUAUUAUGAAGUCUUAAUCAAUCUACUAAUUGCUUUCUCCUUGUUUCAGGCUGGCGUAACUUUACUUCUGAUCAAUCUAAGCAAUCAAACGACGUUCAAUAUUGACGCCAAAUCCGCUAGCAAUGUAGAACUACAGUUGAAAGAGAAAGUCGAUACCAGAAAAAAGUCUUUUGCACAUGGUCUUAAGAGGUCAUUUUCGUGGGUCGGAGACAAAACGUCGGAUAAAAGAUUAUUCCGAGAAGAAUAUCAUUUAACUCCAGAGGCUGGGAACCUUCAAAGCAGAACCAUGUUGUUGAAUGGACAGGCACUGCAACUCACUGAAAGGGGUGACAUCCCAAGUUUGUCGCCGGUUCUUCGUGAUAUAAAUUCUCCCAUAACUAUUUCUCCUUUAUCCAUCAAGUUCAUAGUAUUUGCCAACUUCUACACUCCUGGGUGUAAAUAAAGUCAGUAUAUCAGUUCAUAUCCGUUUACCACAAGAUGUAUUUGGAGAAUGAUUAGCAGCAAUUGUGGAGUAUUAUUAUAUAAGUCAGUGUACUCUAGUCAUUAUUGCAUGUUGUUGCAAAUGUAUGUUUUAGGAACAAUAAUGCAAUUAAUGUAAGGACGUAUAUCCCACUUAUAUAUGACAGUUUGGUAUGUACACUUGAUUAGUGUCUCUUU